AAACCGAAUUGAGAUUUCUUACUCCAGUUUUCCAAGUAACUCAAAACUCAAAAGGCUGCUGAAGAAGACGAAGAAAAAGUAACAGUAAUGGAUUCUCUCUCCUCUGUAUCUCCCUCAAUCAUGCUACCUCCUCUACGCCACCAUCUCAACAUUCCUACGAACUACAAUUACACCUUUCUCUCUCCUCCUUUCUCAUCCAAUUUCUCGAUUUCCGUGAAGAAGAUGAGAAAUGUUCCGGUGUUGCGCGGUAAAUCGAUCAGCAGCUCUGAUGGAGAAUCAAACGGUGAUGAUGAGGUUAGUAGUGAUGACGUGGAGGUAGAGAGAGCCUUACGAUUGGACGGAAGUAUCCCUGGUACUUCUGAUGAGUUUCUGGAGCAGGUUUCGUCACGUGCUUACGACAUCCGACGCCAUCUCCACCAAUCUCUUGAUUCCAGCUGCUAUGAUGUGCUGGAUGAUAAUCCGUGGAGGGAAACUUCAAAACCUGUGUAUGUCCUAACCCAAAAGGAAAACCAACUAUGCACAAUGAAAACUCGAAGGAAUCGCAGUGAAGUUGAAAGGGAGCUUGGGAUGUUGUUUUCAAAGGGAAGCAAACGGAGCUCUGAAUUUGGCAAUCAGACUAAGCAAUCAAGAGGCAGCAAGAAGUUUCAAAUGGUCGUGGAGGACGUUAGGGAGGGAAUACUUGUAUUUGAAGACCAAAAUGAAGCGGAGAGAUUCUGUGACCUAAUGCAAGGCGGCGGUCAAGGCUGUGAAGGUGUUGCUGAGAUAGAAGCAUCAUCUGUUUUUGAUCUAUGUCGGAAAUCGAGAGCUUUGGCUGUUCUAUUCCGCAGAGGCAGGACACCACCUCAACCUGAAAAUCUCCAACUUAAUUUGAGAGCUCGAAAGCGAUCUCUUGAAGAUUAACAUGGUUCACUACUGCAGAGUGUAUAUUUGUAUAGAAAUACAGAAAGUUGUAAGUUGAACACUGUAACUUAAUAUAGUAAUACAAUGAUUAUAAUGUAUAUACACAGCCCAAAUGGAGUAUAUGUCAAGAAAAUUGCACAAAUAUUCUUCUUUCUAUUGUCA